AUGCUGUUUUAUAUUUUCUUGUUGGAUCGCCUUCUAAUCCUCUUUUCUUUGUGCGUCACUUCUAUCAUAGCUGAUGGAGAUUUGGAACUCCUUUUUGGAGAUGAAAGGGAUGCACAUGAGACUUUGGCAAAACAAACAAGUGUUGAGGCAACUCCUUCAACCAGAAUGAAUCUUCUGAUUCUUGAAAGUUCUCCUCCUCCUCUCACUAGGUCGAAAAGACUUAGGAAGAGGACUAUGGAGGGAUAUGUGGUCACAAAUCUACAGCAGCUCCUACAACUACCUCUUGAACUGAUGGGGAAGAGUAUCGCUUUGGCGAAGAAGCAGCAGGAAACUCAAAGGGCAAAACUAACAAGCUCAGAGUUGGCCCUUUUUGAGGAUGUAGAGGCAGAACACUCCACUGCAGUUCCAGCAGAACUUCCUGUUGCAUCUCUAGAGCCUAAAGUGGAGGUAGCUGCUGCUGUUCCCGGACUUGUGGUGGAAAAAGAUAGAACUGCUGGGGUUCUGAUCGUAGCAAUCAGUCCUCUCAAGCCUCCUAUUGUAGCUAUGCCUAUCCAUUCUCUCCCAGGCUCAUCUACCACGACUUCCUUUGCUGAUCCAGAAUUGGCAGAGUUUGAAGCUAUGGAUUUAGAUCUCAGCUGGACAAACUUGACAAGCUUAGCUCCACUCCUGGCAAGGCCAAGUCCAAGGCUGUGGAUGAGGCAAUGGAUAGGGUGA